CGCGUCAAUAAUUGGAUUCAAAGCAAAGAUAAAGCCUUUUACAUUUUGCUCACUCACAACCAAACUCUUCAAGUAAGACUCAUCUUUUUUCUGAUGAUUGCCGAACACUGAAACAAUUAUGUUGGCUUCCAUGGCCAACCAACGAGCCUCUUCUUCCUCUGCUUCCUUCACCAAUUCAUGGAAACACCACGUCUUCCUGAGCUUCAGAGGUUUGGACACUCGCUCCAAUUUCACAGGCCAUUUGUACAACGCUUUAUGUCAACAAGGCAUUAACACCUUCAUGGAUGAUGAUGAGCUCAGAAGAGGAGAAGAAAUAUCAAGCACGCUUCUCACAGCAAUUGAAGAUUCAAAGAUUUUUGUGGUUGUGUUCUCUAAAAACUAUGCCUCCUCAAAGUGGUGCUUGGAGGAACUUGUUAAGAUUCUUGACUGCAAGAAAUCAGAACAACAACUGGUCAUACCAGUUUUUUACAAGGUGAAUCCAUCAGAUGUACGGAAUCAUAGAGGUAGUUUCGGGGAUGCACUGGCUAACGUGGAGUGUAAAUAUAAAGAUAAUAUGGAGAAGGUCAAGAGAUGGAGGGAAGCUCUUUCACAAGUAGCAAAUUUGUCAGGGUUCACCCUCUUGGACGAGAAUCAAUCUGAAUAUAAAUUUAUCCAAAACAUCAUUGACGAGAUUUCAAAACACGUAUUAAACCAUGCGUGUUUGGAAGUGGCAGAGCAUCCAGUUGGAAUGCAAGCUCAAGUACAAGUUAUGAAUAAGUUAUUAGAUUUGGGGGGAAAUGAUGUUCAUAUGGUAGGGGUAUGGGGAACUGGUGGAAUUGGUAAGACAACAAUUGCUAAAGCUGUUUAUAAUUCAAUUGCCCACAAAUUUGAAGGUUGUUGUUUUCUGGCAAACGUUAGAGAAUGUUCAACGUCGCAUGGAGGUUUAGCAAAACUGCAAAGGACUCUUCUUUGUGAGAUUCUAAGGGGAAAAAAAUUGAAGGUGACCAAUGUUGAUAAAGGAGUCACCUUGAUAAAGGAAUGGUUGAGGCAUAGAAAGGUUCUCUUGAUUCUUGAUGACGUGGAUGACAUGGAACAGUUACACAAGUUAGUUGGGGCAUGUGAUUGGUUUGGUGUAGGCAGUAGAAUUAUCAUAACAACAAGGGAUAAGCAACUGUUAACUGCUCAUGAUGUUAAUUUAAUACAUGAGGUCAAGAUUUUACAUGAUCCUGAAGCUCUUGAGCUCUUGAGUUGGUAUGCCUUCAAAAGAAGUGAGCCUCCUUUGGGUGAUUUUGUGAAACUUGCAGAACGUGCAAUGCGCUAUGCUCAAGGCCUUCCUUUGGCUUUGAAAGUUCUAGGUUCUCAUCUAUAUGGUGGAAGUAUACAUAAAUGGCAAGCUGCAUUGGAUGGUUUCCAAGGCACGGAAAUUCAAGAAGUUCUCAAAAUAAGUUACAAUGCCUUGGAUGAUAGAGUGAAGAAGGUUUUCCUUGACAUCACAUGUUUCUUUAAGGGUGCAAGAAGAAACUAUGUGACAGAAGCUUGUGAGCUAAACACUAGAUAUGGCAUUGAUGUACUCAUAGAAAAGGCCCUCAUAAGUGUUGAAGGAAGUUAUAUUCAUAUGCAUGACUUACUAGAAAAGAUGGGUAAGGACAUAAUUGAGCAGGAGUCGCCCACUGAACCUGGAGAACGUAGCAGAUUGUGGUUUCAUGAAGAUGUCGAGCAUGUUCUGACUAAUAACACAGGAACAAAUAAAAUCACAGGCAUCAUGUUAAAUUUCCCCAAACAAGAUGAUGAGAUAUUCUUGGAUGUUGGCACAAGCUUCUCGAAGAUGAAAAAUCUUAAAAUUCUCAUAAACUACAACGUAUGCCUUUCUGGAGACGCCAGUUCUAUCUCAAACAAUUUGAGAGUGCUUGAUUGGCAUGGAUGUCCGUUCCAAUCUUUUCCAGCCAACUUUCGUCAAAAGGCACUAUUUGUGCUCAAUCUGCCUUACAGCCGCAUCAAACAACUAGGGGAGGGGUUGAAGCUUUUGAGAAAGUUGACAUCUCUGAAUUUCGAGGAAUCUCAAUUCCUAAUUGAAAUCCCCGACCUAUCUAGCAGCCCAAACUUAAGGUACUUGCAAGCGAGUGGUUGUACAAGUUUAGUCGAGGUUCAUCCAUCUGUUGGAUAUCUUGACAAACUUGUAGUAUUGGAUUUUAGAUACUGCCGUGAACUUACGAAGUUUCCAAUUAAAGUUAGGUUGAAAUCUCUGAAUUUUUUUGGUCUUUACGGUUGCAUAAAGUUGGAGAGUUUCCCAAAACUUGAAGACAAAAUGAAAUCCUUAAAUGAAUUGUUCCUUGGGAGAACUGCUAUAAAAGAGUUGCCUGCAUCAAUUGGACAUCUCAUUGGGGUGGAAAAAUUGGACAUCUCAUCUGUGAGUGUUAUAGAAAAGUUUAUGGCACCAGCUAGACAUCUCAGUUGGCUGAAAGAAUUGGGCUUAUUUGGAAGUGCUAUAAAAGAGUUGCCUUCAUCAAUUGGAAAUCUCACUACCCUGAAACAAUUAUGGUUAGGUGGAACUGCUAUAGAAGAGUUGCCUUCAUCAAUUGGAAAUCUCACUACCCUGAAACAAUUAUGGUUAGGUGGAACUGCUAUAGAAGAGUUGCCUUCAUCAAUUGGAAAUCUCACUGCACUUGAAAUAUUAUAUUUAAAAGGAUGUGAAAACCUUGCAAAUCUGCCACAAAGUAUUUAUGGGUUGCAAAGUCUCGAGUCUAUUUUUCUCGAUCUAUGGCCAAAACUUGUCACACUUCCAAAUAACUUGAUCUCUGAAGUUUUAUUGAGUGCAAAAUCACUUCCUUUGGAGGUUCGAACCAAAUCAUACAGUUCAUUCAAGAGCUGCUCGUUGUAUUUGUAUUUUGAAGAGUGCAAUGUAUCAGACAUUGAUUCCUUGGAGAAUUUUUGUUGUUGGUCGCAGAUAAAGAAAAUUACUCUAUGCAACAGCAAUUUUGUCAAUCUACCUGUGCGCUUUAGCAAAUUUGUCAACUUGCGGGAGCUUGAUUUGAGGGGUUGCAGGAGGCUUGUAGAAAUUCUAGUACAGCUUCCAGCGUCUAUAAAAUGGGUUCACAUGAGUGAUUGCAUAUCACUGGAAAGAUUUUCAACAUUGUCAAAGAUAUUGGAAGAUGGAUACAUGCAAGGCAUUAGUUACAUGGACUUGUCUAAUUGCCAUAGGCUAUGCAAUAAUCUAGGAUUGGACGUUUCAAAGAUGGCAAAAUUAUUUAAUGAGAUGAAGUUCCAAAGUGGCAAAAGGAGGAUUAUCGUUAAACUACCUGACAGUCGCAGUGAAGUUCCAGAGUGGUUCACUUUUCGUAAUUACUUUGAUGACUAUGAUGAGAGUAAAUUUGAUUACAUUGAUCAUGAUGGCAGGAGUGUUCGUAAUUACGAACUUCCUAUUGAAAUUCCUUGGACUUCUGUAUUGGAGAACACAAAAUUGGUUUUGUGUGCUGUUUGGGAAAUU